AUGGAAAGACAAAAUAGUCGGCGUCGAAAACCGCCCCGCACCCAGGAAUCCCAGCAAUCAUCCGAAAAGGCCACCUCGUCGGAGCCGACCUCUCGCCCGUUGCUUAGCUGGGUGCUCCUCACUCUGUUGGUGUCAUUUUUGGCCUAUUCACUUCGCCCGGAUAUCUAUCUGCAUUCAUGGAUCGGUCCGCUCCUGGGUCAUGCCCAUAGACAUCCACAUGGUGAGGAUGCCUCGAUUCGGCCGUAUAUCGAAUUGCAUCCCGAGGAUCAUGUGUUUCGUGCUCCCGUUACACACCAUUUGAAUUGGCGCGUUACAACGGGUGAACGCAGGCCUGACGGCGUCUUGAAGAAACGGUCGCCUGAUAAUGGGAAUGUUCCACUAAUUAUUAUCCCUUCGUUUCAUCCCAUAGAUCUUUUUCCAGGUCCCACCGUUGAGGCUCGUUCGGGUGACACAUUGAUUAUCACCGUCACCAACGCCUUGUCAGAGCACGAAAUUGCUCUUCAUUGGCAUGGUCUUCAUGUAGCGAAUUCCGUGGAUGGAGCAGCAGCGGUAUCACAAUGCCCCAUACCUCCAGGCGCCCAGUAUGUCUAUAACGUCAGCAUCCCAGAAGACCAGAGCGGAACAUUUUGGUAUCAUGCGCACUCUGGGUUAUCGAGACAGGAUGGUUUAUUUGGUGGACUGGUCGUUCAUGCACCGUCGUCCAAAUCGACAGUUCGGGGGUUAAUGAGUCGAGGUGGAAGUGAUGCUGAACGAUAUGGGUAUGAGAAAGAGCAUCUGUUGCUCAUUGGGGACUGGUAUCAUCCUCCCGCAGAAGAUGUUCUAGCCUGGUACCAGGAUCCAGGCAAUUUCGGCAACGAGCCAGUCCCAGACUCGUUGCUCAUCAACGGAAUCGGUUAUUUUGACUGUGGUAUGGCCGUACCUGCACGUCCUGUAGACUGUGUUGAGCAUCAGACAAAACCGUCGUUUCUUCAUCUCGACUUUGGCGCAUCCUCCCGAGUACGCGUCGUCAAUACAGGGGCCCUGGGAGGUUUCACUCUCGUAUUCGGCCAAGAGACUCUCGAACUGCUUCAGGUGGACAGUGUUGAUGUGGAGCGACCACAGCAGGAGGAUGUCAACACGGCCGGGAUUUUGUAUCCUGGGCAGCGCAUGGAUUUUGUCCUACGCCCAUCUGCCAAAGAAGAGGCAGGGUCAUCAUCCAUGAUGGUGAAGUUGGAUCAAGGAUGCUUCAAGUACAUGAACCACGCGUUAACCCCCGAUCAAACCUUCGCCAUUCACUACUCAAAUACGUCCAGAAAGGUCGAUGACGCAACUUCAUUGCCUAUCACCCGCAAUGAAUUGAAUCUCGAGAGAAUCCCGUCAGCCGCUUCAGUUCUCGCAAAACUCCCCGAACAAGCCGACGAGACACAUGUCGUCUAUACCAAGAUCCAGAAGAUGGCCCGACUCCGCAACAUGCCCUAUGGCUUUUUCAACAUGACCAUUUGGAAACCCCAGAGCGAGCCUCAAGUCCCACUCAUCGCUCUCCCCGCGAGAGCUGGGAUUCGAACCAGUUUUCAAUUACUACAGGUCCAGGCCCAACAUGGGUAG